AUGGUGGUCAGUUCUUACCUCCUCAGUUCUGGCUGUGGGGUCAGGAACUUCAGCUCCUCCUCUGCUUGGGUGCCCAAGCUGGGAGCUCACAGCCGAGCCAGUGCAGCGGCCUACCGUGGGGGCAGUCCUGGGGGGCCAGGCUACAGGCACCUCAGGGGCUUCAGCAGCAGGAGCCUGUGUACUGUAGGGUCCCCCCGGCUUGCAGGGAGUUUCAGAUGGCCUCUGAACAGUGGGAGCAGCAGCUUUGUUUACCGAGUGGGGGGCCUUUGCGGGCCCACACCCCCCUGCAUCACCACAGUCUCCGUCAAUGAGAGCCUGCUCACGCCCCUCAACCUGGAGAUCGACCCCAAUGCUCAGUGCGUGAAGCAUGAGGAGAAGGAACAGAUCAAGUGUCUCAACAGCAAGUUUGCCGCCUUCAUUGACAAGGUGUGCUUCCUAGAGCAGCAGAACAAGCUGCUGGAGACCAAGUGGCAGUUCUACCAGAACCGCAAGUGCUGUGAGAGCAAUGUGGAGCCGCUGUUGGAGGGCUACAUCGAAAUGCUCAGGAGGGAGACUCAGUGUAUGGAGGCGGACAGCAGGAGGCUGGCCUCAGAGCUCAGCCGUGUGCAGGAGGCCGUGGAGGGCUACAAGAAGAGGUAUGAAGAAGAACUGGCCCUCAGGGGCGUGGCUGAGAAUGAGUUUGUGAUACUGAAGGACACAGACAGUGCUUACCUGCACAAGGCAGAGCUAGAGGCCAACACAGAGUCAUUGAGGGAGGAGACAACCUUCCUGUGGUCCCUGUACAAGGAGGAAAUCAUCUACCUCCAGUCCCAGAUCUCAGAAACCUCAGUGGUGGUGAAGAUGGACAACAGCCGGGAGCUGGACAUGGACACGGUCAUGGCUGAGAUCAAGGCUCAGUAUGAUGAUAUUGCCAGCCGCAGCCGGGCAGAGGCUGAGUCCUGGUACCAGACCCAGUGUGAAGAGAUGAGGAUCACGGUGACCCAGCAAGGUGAGAAUCUUCGCAAAGGCAAGGAAGAGGUCAGUGAGCUGAAUUGCAUCAUCCAGAGGCUGACCUGUGAGGUGGAGAGCGCCAAGCAGCAGCGCCAUAAGCUGGAGGCCGCCAUAAUUGAGGCAGAGCAGCAGGGAGAGGCCGCCCUUACUGAUGCCCGCUGCAAGCUGGCUGAGCUGGAGGCUGCCCUGCAGAAGGCCAAGCAGGACAUGGCCUGCCUGCUCAAGGAGUACCAGGAGGUGAUGAACUCCAAGCUGGGGCUGGAUGUGGAGAUCGCCACUUAUCGGAAACUGUUGGAGGGCGAGGAAAGCCGGGGCUCUGGGGUGUUGUGUAAAGGCCUGGGCUCAGUCAACAUCUGUGUGAGCCAUUCCAAGGGCAAUGGCCUGGUCUGUGGAGACCUGGCUUUCCCAUCUCUCGUGGCCCAGAGGACAUGGCCAUCAACAGUGGUGCUCAGUGCUCCUCCUCUGUAGUGGGGUCUUGCUCCAGUACGAGACUGGUGUGGUUUUCAUAGACAGGCCUGGGAUUCUGGACUCUUGUGUCUGGGAAGGGGCUGGGGUGGGUAGGAAGGAUCACCGUUUCUCUCACAGCCCAAAUGUCAGUUUAGAAACUUUCCCCUUCAGGGACCUGGAAGUAGCUCUCUAGUUUUCUUCUUGUUGGAGAUAUUAAUCACUGCUUGCAAUUAAGUCCUGGGCCGGAUGGGGGCUAGGCAGAGAGGCAUACGGCAUGUGGGAGCAUCUUUGGGCUUUGCUCUUGGAUGAGAGGGGCCACAGAUGUUGCACUGAGGAGGCAGAGCUGCACUGGGGAUGAAGGGAAGCCGUCUGCUGAGAGACAGGACUCUGUGCCU